GACCACCACGUGUUGCUGUUGGAGCCACUUUAUGUAUUCGUAGCGUUGUUGGCUGUACAGAUUAAGUCAAGUUUCUUGUCAACCUGUAGAUCUUGAGCGUUAUAUCGUCGGGAAACUUAACGUCAUGAGUUUUGAGCCAACCAUAAAGCUUGCGGUCCUUCUUGGCUCAGCUACAGUCGUAGCCAUAGGCACUGUUCUCUUUUUCAUGAGGGAAAGAGAGAAGAAGAGGAAAACAAGACAGGGGAAUUACGUAGAAGUCGGAAAAGUGUCCCAGAUCUUCCUGUACCCGCUGAAGUCUGGGCGCGGCUGGGAUCUACAGCAGGCUGAGUCCACAAGGAUUGGGCUCAGGCAUGAUAAAGUUAGGGACAGACAAUGGAUGAUAGUGAAUGAGAAGAAUGAGUUCAUCACAGCUAGGCAGGAGCGAACACUGGUCCUGGUGACGUCCAGGCUGGAUCCUGAUGGUCACUGUGUCUGGACGCUCAGGCAUGCCCACACUGAAGGUGCAUGUAGGCAUGAUGGAUGGGAUAGUGGUCAAUGCAAGCGUAUGGGGACAAGAAUUGGAGGCCCUUGACUGUGGUGAUGAGGCAGCAGACUGGUGCUCCACCUAUCUAAAGAAGCCAAACUGCAGGCUGUGCUACUGUGCUGACCAGCUCAGGAAGAGGAAGCUGGAAGAUGAUGCAGACUAUGGAAGUCUGGGCAAGCCUGGGGAGGAGGUUGGGUUCCAGGACUUGGGUCAAUACUUGAUGAUAUCGGAGGCUUCCCUGGCCAACCUGAAUGCCAAGUUAGAACAGCCAGUCACAAGCAGGAACUUCCGACCAAAUAUCAUGGUGUCAGGGUGUGCGUCUCAUGCUGAGGAUUCUUGGAAAUUUGUGAAAAUAGGAGAGGCUGAGUUCAGAGCACUCAAACCCUGUACCAGGUGUGUUCUCACAACCAUUGAUCCAGAAACUGGAGUCAGGAUGGGAGCAGAGCCUCUUAAAACACUCAGAAAGUAUCGUCAAACGACAGACAGACAAUUCAGGAAGCUUAUAGGUGACACUCCACUGUUUGGAACCAACCUGGUGACAGAGAAGGAAGGGACCAUCCAUGUGGGGGACACUGUGUAUGCCUCAUAUAACUGAGACACGCCAUACAGUACUGCUGAUGCACUGUGUUCUUCAGCUGCCAUUUUAGGACACGUCCAAAGGCUCCAUUCAGCCCUUUUUUGAUUCGUCUUAUUUCCAGUAAGCUUCCUAAAAUUCCUUUGUAGUUCUAGACUUUUUCCUUUAUGAAGUCUGUUCUGCAUGUAAUAAUUGCACUGUCAGUUUGUACAAUAGUCUGUAACAGUGGGGUUCAAGCACCAUUCCAAAUGGUCCAGACCUUUUGGUGAAGUGGUAAUGGCUGGCUGGCCUGGGUUCGAUUCAUGAAAGCCAGGAGCUUCUACUCGCCUCUAGCGUUUCACAUCCUUUUUUAUAGCUUAUAGUUAUCACAUUCCAGUGUAGCAAACGCCAGCACUUUUUGUGCAGGGACAUUCAUAUAGCAUUGUACAUUCUGUAUUAAAGAGGGCUUUUAUAAUUAACAUUGACAUCGACUUCAUGCCAUCAUGAAACUGUACCAUGUGUCUGAUGGUAAUCUCAGGGAUGUUAGCAUUAUUCAGCCAGCAUCUGUCUGGUAAUGUCCUUUUUAACUAAAGUGCAUUUUGACAUUUAGCACUUCAGACUUCAGACAUUUACCAACAAUCAGAAGGCCGCGGUCAUGAUGAUGCAACAUAUAGAUCCCGGCCAGCCCGGUGUGUGUAUCAAUCCAUGAGAUUUUAUAGCUUUUUUAAUUUGCCAAAAGUAAACAAAAGGAUAUCCAUUAAAUAAUGAAAUUUGUGCAACUUUUAUCAUGAUUUCAUGACCAA